AUGGGCGACUUCCCUCACUAAAGAUGGCGGACGAAGAGCCGCGCCUCCUUGUUUCAAAGCCUCGCGAUGCGACGCGUGAUGAAGUGCUUCGGCCGCGGAGAAAAGAAGUUGCGGGGCCGCGCGGAGGCGGUUGCUAGGGGCAACGGCGAGGCCUAGUGGCGAGGCCCUGAGCCUGCCUGACUCAGUGGGGCAUCACGUAUUAUCCAGUGGACGUAUUCCAGUGGAAGGCAUUUCGUCACCUCUUGGGUGCUGGGAGAGGAUGCCUCUGGUCAAUGGGCUGGUCCCGUCGCGAUUCCUGACCCUCACAGCCCACCUGGUCAUUGUAAUCACCAUCUUCUGGUCCAGGGAGAAUAAUGUCCGUGCUUCCCUGCCCCUGCAGUGCACCCAGCAAGAGUAUGAGACCCGGGACACGGAGAUGGUGGUGGCGCUGUCGGUAACCCUUGGACUCUUUGCUAUAGAGCUGGCUGGCUUCUUUUCCGGGGUGUCCAUGUUCAACAAUGUGCAAAGCCUCCUCUCCAUCGGGGCCCACGCUUCCGCUUCCAUCACGUUGCUCUUCUUCCUCUUUGAACAGCUGGAUGGCAGCCUCUACUGGUGGGUCUUUGCCUUUUGCAGUGCCGGUUUCCCUGACUGCUCCCUGCCAGCUCUGGCCGCCCACUGCAGUGCCUCCAUCUGCCUGUCUUUCUUCGUCUUUGAGCGCUGGGAGAUGGUCACUUACUGGUACAUCCUGGGCUUCUGCAGUGCCUUACCUGCCACCAUGGAAGUCCUACUUUUCAUCUUGGUCUUUGGUUUGAAGAAGAAGCCCCUGUGAAAGACCCUGUCGCAAGAGGGGAAGGGGCUCCCGGAGAAGAGAUUCUCUGAGAUGCCCGCAUGGGGUGGAAAGGAAAGGGAGCUGGAGAAGUGUUCUUUAAGGAAGACCAACGGCUGGCUGCAAUCGGAGUCCGAGGAACUUGCCUUCUUAAGGGCUUAGCAGUGUGGCCUUUGAUCCCCCUGAUUUCUGACUCCAGAAGUUCCUUGCCUGUAGUCUGAGCCCAACUACAGCACAGCUCCAGCGGUCUGCUGUGCUGUGCGGACUCCCUCCAGUGGCCGCCCAGGGGUGGUGUACCCUUUCACUCACCGACACACAUUGUCUGCCACACAUUUCCCAAUUGGUGGUGCCAAAAAUCUCCUCUCAUAGGAGGCAGAGAAGUAGCAGCUUGUAGUUCGUGGGCCACCUUUGCAGAGGAAAUAGGCCAGAUAAUCACUCUGUGAAAGAAAAGUGUUUGAUCGUAUGCUGUAUUUUACUCUCAGCAGGGUGGCUGCUUGUUUUGAAAUUAAGAAGAAUAAACUCACUUUUUUUUACCUUAAUAAAGUGGCAUCCUCAUAAAUUUUAUCCCAAAAAGGGCAUUUUUGCUAUCAUAUCUCCAAUGCUUUUCUCUUAUCAGGGAGUAACUAAAAUUAGAUGCAGGGCAGGGCAGGACUAGGCUCCUGUCUACCUAAGAGAGUGCUGUGUUCACUCCCCAAGUACCCUGACUGUGAGAAUUCUGUCUGAUUUGUUCACCUUCUGUUAAACAUCUCCAGAUGGUUUCUACGCAUAUUUAAAAGUCCAACAUAAUGUAUUUUUACAUUAUACAAAAUAUCCCUUUUAACUGAGCAAAGAAUCACCUUUAAAAGUGGUGAUUCUCUUCUAUUUAGCAGGGGGAGGGCAACUGGCCCUAUCCAUCCCCAGCACAGCAUCCCUCCAGUGGCUGUUGCUGGUAUCUGCCUUAUGUUUUGUUUUAGAUUGUGUGCCCUUUGGGGACAGGGAGCCAUCUUAUUUAUUUUUCUGUGUAAGCUGCCUUGUGAACUUUGGUUGAAGAGCAGUAUAUACCUUUCCAUAGUUGUCGUCAUAAUACAACCUAAGGUGGAAGUUCCAAGAGGGUGGUGCUACUUUUGGUUUCCUUUGGAGGAGAGACCUCUGAAGGCCAAUGGUGUCUUUAAUAUUUUACAAAUAAGCAAAGUUCAGCUUUUGAUUAAAUUGAAAUAGAGCACUCCUAGAAGGAGCAAGCGCAAACAGAUCCCAGAGAAGAGCAUUGCAGGUCUGCAACCUCAGGUGCUUCAGCUCUCUGCUCAUUCUGGCCUCUCCAAGCCUGGGUCAGCUCCUCUCUGCCUGGUUCAGAAGCUGCCUGCCUGGCCAACUCAAGCUCCUGCGUCAGUUUCCCCCCAUACUCACCCAUUGCCCCUUCUCAUAAGAAGAGCCCUGCUGGAUCAGCCCCAAGGAAGCCCAUCUAGUCCAGCAUCCUGUUUUGCACAGUGGCCCACCAGAUGCCCCUGGAAGCCUAAAGACAGGAGUUGAGGGCAUGCCCUCUCUCCUGCUGUGACUCCCCUGCAACUGUUACUCAGGCAGUCUGUCUUUGAGGCUGGAGGUGGCCUCUAGCCCUCUGACUAGUAGCCCUUGAUAGACCUCUCCUCUAUGAAGUUCUCCAAACCCCUCUUAAAGCCUUCCAGGUUGUUGUCCACUGCUCUCUUGAGCCAGUGAUCUGCCUAACAAGAAGGAUUCAUCACCAUAUCCCCAAAACUCUUGGCGGGGGGCGGGGCAGGCAGGCAGGCAGGCGCUAGGGAGAGGCCUGGUCUGCCAUCUUUCUUGCAGAGAAUAAUCUCUAGGAAAGCCAUGCUGCACUCAGCUUAUGAUCUAAAAAACAUCCUUCUGGAACCUAAAUAUGACAAGGAGACCAUCAGCAUCCUCUUGCCUCGCUGGGCCGCUGCAAGAGAAAAUGUUCUGUGUUGAUCCCCGCUCCCCAUUCUUGUCUUGAGGUGCCAUAAAUUCUUGCAUCUCCCUCAGUUCCUUUUCUAGGUAGCCUGCAGACUCAAACGCAAACCAGGCUGCCCCUUUGCCAUGAUAAAUACGGUAGCUGGGCAGCUGCAUGCAAAUUUCUCGGCGCAUGGAUCCCUGGGAAAAGCUCAUGGUUCGGGAGCUGAUCUCCUAUUCCUCGAAGAAAAAAUGUCCGGGUGGUCGGUCUCUAGUGGAACCAUCGACGUGGCAGACGCAAGGAAGACGGAGAGCCGGCAGGGGAGAUACUUUUGCAGAGGGUCCGUUUGCCCCACCGUGACCUCAGAGGCUGCGGCCAGAAAUGGCGCUUGUGGCGCCCACCGCUCUCACUUUAUCGUCAGUGAGGUAUAUCCUUACUUGUUCCUCCUCCGGGAGAACAGCACAUGAUGAAUGGAGAGCGCAUGAGAGAUGAUUAGAGUCUCCGCGGGCGGGGGCCUGCGACCCCCCCGCUCUGCUCCUUUCUGAUUCACGCUGA